AUCUCUUCUUUCCCAAGUCACAUGGCUUUGCAAAUUGCUAUAUAUACGUUACGUACGCAGCCGCAAGUUGCCAGUAUGAUAUGCUCUCGAGCAUUCUUCUCCAGCUCCAUCCAAGAAAGCACACAGGCAACAUUAGCUCAAGAAGUCAAGAUUAUGGGCGACCCAGCGAGGCCAGAAACCAUGCGCGCCGUCCAGUACAGCGGCUAUGGUGGUGGUGCCGCUGCUCUCAAGUAUGUGGAGAUCCCAGUUCCAUCACUGAAGAAAGAUGAAGUUCUUAUAAAAGUUGAAGCUGCAAGCAUCAAUCCAGCGGAUUGUAACAUCCAGAAAGGGCUGCUACGUCCUUUUGUUCCGAGAUUUCCGUUUAUUCCAGUAAGCGAUGUUGCUGGAGAGAUUGUCGAGGUCGGUGCUGCAGUAAGUGAGUUCAAAGUUGGUGACAGAGUUGUGUCCAAAUUGAUAUUCUGGAAAGCUGGUGGCCUAGCAGAGUAUGUAGCAGCAUCCGAGAGCGUCACCGUAGCGCUUCCGGCCGGAGUAUCGACCGUGGACGCCGCAGGGCUGCCCGUGGCCGGCCUCACCGCACUCCAGGCCGUGAGGGCCAUUGGCACCAAGUUCGACGGCACGGGCAGCGGCAGCAACAUCCUGAUCACCGCAGGGUCGGGCGGCAUCGGCACGUACGCCGUCCAGCUCGCGAAGCUCGGGAACCACAAUGUCACCGCCACCUGUGGCGCGCGCAACCUGGAGCUUGUCGCCGACAUGGGUGCCGAUGAGGUGCUCGAUUACAAGACCCCGGAAGGCGCGGCGCUGAAGAACAAUUCUGGCAAGAAGUACGACUACAUCGUCAACACCACGAACGCCGGCAAGUGGUCGGCGUUCAAGCCGGCGCUGAGCAGCCACGGCAGAGUCGUCGACCUGGCCCCCAACCUGGCCAACUUUGUCGCGUCGAUGCUGACGUUGUUCUCCAAGAAGAAGAAGCUGUCCACGGUGCUGCUGUCUCUGGGAAUGGAAGAUUUGAGGUUUCUGCUUGAGCUGGUGAAGGAAGGGAAGCUCAAGACCGUCGUCGACUCCCGGCAUCCAUUCGACAAGGCUGCGGACGCGUGGGAGAAGAGCAUGAGCGGCCAUGCCACGGGGAAGGUCAUAGUUGAGAUGUGAGUUACGCGUGUAUGUUUCAGUGCUGAUUUCUGCCGUCAUGUUUGCCAUGCAUAUUAUUCACUUUGUACCUGUUUUUUCGGCAAAGUGAAUUAUUUCUUGCCUAAAGGAAGUUUUCCCCUCCAUUUCAUAUUAAGUGAUUUUCUAUUA